CUAGAUAGUGAAGUCAUGCGUAUUUCUAUGGUUUAUAAAGGGCAAUAUCAUGUAGUUGUAUUUUUACUGUUCCCCUAAAAUACAAGUUUUUUAUUUGAAAAUAAAUUAAAAUGAGAGUCGUUUUUCUUGUAACUGUUCUAGCAGUGCUAGGAGUUAAUUGCCAACGAUUUCUUAAUACUAUGGAUGGAGGUGUACCAGGCUGUAACCGGAGAACGUGUGCUAGGCAACCAUGCCCUGGCGGGGCGCAGCCAGUUGUCUACCCUGGGCAAUGUUGCCCAAUAUGCCCUCCAAGUGGUGGAAAACCUGGUCGGUGUCCACCCAGACGAGGCACUGUUGGACUAUGUCUCCAUGUGUACGAGUGCACCGGAGAUUUUUCUUGUCCCGGAAGUAAAAAGUGCUGCAGUACCGGCUGUGGUCGCCAAUGCAUGAGACCUGUGAUUGUGGGACAAUAUUAAUCGCCAGCCUGAACGUUGAAGAGAAGCGAAUGACAAAGGCAUCAAAUCCCUUGUCAACUUUACGACAUCUACCAAUGUAACAUGGAAUAGUGUAGUAUUGCAUUGUUUUUAUUUCGUGAUAAAUGACACGUUAAAAGUGUAUUUCAAAUGCAGAAAGAUUGAAUUGUUGUAUAAGAUGGAGAGUAUCAUUGAAACUAAAUAACGUACUUGCAAACUGAUGUUUUAGAUGUUAUUUAUAUGAUAUGUAAUUAACACAAUCUAUUGUAUAAAACAGAUACAGAUGGACACUGAUUUUGGUGUGGACUCAUGUUCUUGAUGUUAACUAUUUAUUUGCUAUGCAUGUUGAAUAUCCUAGGAAAUUCAAGAAAAUGCAAUCUGCCUCCGCUUUUACACAGGAAAAAAAUGUCUGACUAGGCCAACAUUCAUUAACGGUUUAAACAGUUAGUUUUUCUGUUCUGUGUCAUGGCGUUCACUAUGUGCAAUUAAACGGGGUUUCUGUUUAAAUGGUUGACUUCUGGACUAGUUUCUAUAGUUCUUCAUAUUAAUUUUGAGUAUGAGUUUUACAAGUAAGUCUCGAAACUGUUAAUAUUUGUGCUGAUGUAAAAUAAGUUCGGAUCAGCAAAGUAUUAUCAUCAAAACUAUGUUUACCUUAAUGUAAAACCUCAAUUUGAAGACGAUACUGAAUAUAGACCCUGAGUCUGAAACUUGGACGCAAGAGGAUGGUGUUUAUGGGGCUUUGUGUCAUGGUUACGAACAUUCUCAAGUCCAAGUCUAGACCCAGACUCUGAAAAGCACAUUAAUUAAAGAAUGUUUAUUACAUUACAAAAAUGAAAGUGAAUAAUUUACCAUUUCAAAGAAUCAGGCAACUUUCAUCAUCAAUACUGAAAUAGAAAAGUUACAAUGAAUUGUAGAUUUGCAGUUUUGCAGUCUUAACGCAGACCUGAAACUGUUAGUAAUCACUGCCCCUGGCCCCGGUAUUACGUAAGAACCUUAGUCAGAUCUCUAACUCAUUCUUAAUGAUUGACAUCAACCAUAUCGAGUCAAAUCUCUUUUAAGUGUUCACAAAAAUAUCAGUAUCCAACUCAAUCUCGUGCUCAAUAAAUCAAGUUCAAGUGUUGCUACAGUGAUGAGUCGCGCUAUGAGAAUUAACUGUGACCUUUUGCAAUAAAUAGCUGAGUUUGUUUGAGUUGGGAUCUCUAAUCAUUUAAGUACUUGUGAUUUACCUAUUCGUUUAUUAUUAUUUGUUUUAUCAUUAAGUUUCCUCAAGUUAAUGCAUACUGUGAUAAGAAUGACCUUUUACGUGUUUUUCUUUAUUCAGAAUUGAUGGGAUAAGAGUGAGGUGUGUGCACGUAAACUGGUAUAUUUACAUCUCAACUUGCAUUCCUUAAAUGGACUGCCUUUCGGCAAUUGCGUUUAUCAAUCGAUGAACGCAACAUCUUCGGAUAUGUUCGGAUCGCAAUUCAUCGCGUAACAAUAUGCAUGAACACAAAGUACGAGUGAAGUCCGAAGGAGUCCGAAGGACUCCACACACUUUGACCAUCCCAAUUGCGUUCAUACCCCGAUAAUGACAUCGACCCCGUAAUUCAUUCCUUAAAUAACCCCCCAGUGAAUUUACAUUUCAUUGACCGUUCCAAGGCGGUACCUUACCUUCUUGAUAACCAUAUUUAGUUUUUUUAUAUGUAGUAUAUAUGCACUGUGUUGUUUGUGGAGUAAAGUGCUAUUGUUUCAUGUAUCUUGUUUGUGGUUUUUUUUAUUUUUUGUCCUAUGUCUUUGGUCUUUACCGUGUGCCACUAAACGGGGGUGACGUUUGGCUACUGAGCUUGUUUCUGUAGUUUUUCACAUAAGAAUUGUAUCAGCAAAAUGCUAACAUUGUAUGUUGUUGUCAAGGUAUCGUACCGUGGCGGAUGAUCAGUUGUUAUUACGUUCAUUCGGCCUUACCUCACAGCAGGCUUUUGGGGGCGGUUUUGCACGCGCUACAUCCUGUUGGAUUUCUGGGAGUGCCAUUUUGAUUUGAUCCGGUGUAACCUUUAGAUGAUUUUUGUAAAAUUGGUAGGCAAAAUAUUAUUAUAUUUUGUAGCUCUUCCGUUGUUUAAAAUUUGUUGCGUUAUACUCCCAUAUUGUGGACUGCGACGUGCGUGUCUAUACUAUACUAUCCGGCAUAACAGGAAUUAACCUGCACAAUACACGAUGUGUGUUUGCAACGCAGAUCUUAUUUGUAGAAUAACGUUUUAAAGUAAGUAAUAAUAAAUAAUUUUUACUCCAACACUUUUUAUGGUAAAAAUCAAGGAGGACAAUGCUACUUUAAAUGCAUCUCAUAAAACGAGUCGAGUAAGAUAUGUGUUACAGCUUCAAAACACUGUCCGUUUAAAAAACAAGCACUUAAUGUUCUUGUCGAAAAAAAAGCACACAACUUGUUUUUUGAAUACGAGGCGUCAAAUGUCAACAGAACAGCGCAAAGUUCGUUACUGGACAAAAUCUCGAACCAUUUUAAAAUUGACGGUACGGUCAAAGUACGCAAUAUUUUCCCUAGAUAUCAUGACGCUCUUAUUUAAGUCUAGUAUUUUAAGGGGCUGUGAACAAGUGUGCAACAUACGACUAAACACUUAUGCAAACUAUAGCCUAUUAAGGACAAUGCAUUAUGUUAAGCUUUGACAGUCACCAAAGAAUGAAAUAAGUUUAACUGUUUUGAAAUAGAAUCCUGCUCUUAAUUCCAAUUCAAACGCCACCGCGUACAGGGCUGAGCAACAAUUUCAACGACGUCAUUUCAGAAAUUGGGUUACGUUCGCAUACAAUUUUGCGCAUUCUUCUGAAUAACAACAAUAUGUUGACAUUUAAUAUCCUAAAGCAUAUUAUAAAAAAGUUCGUUUCAGUGAAAGAUCGCGUUACGUGACUCGUGAAAUAUAGCUCUUGUUGCUAACUCGGUGAAAUAUAUUACGACAAACAGACAUAAUUGUUUAUUGUCUUAUACAUAACAGUUUCUUUACAAAGCAUGAUAGACAUAAGAAAUAAUUAAUAUGGUCACAAUGACACAUGGCAUAUUACAUGGGAAACACUGUUUGUUAUGUCUUUGAAUACUCAAUUUGAGUCUCUGAAUUGUAUUGUCUUUGUCAAUACCUCAAAAUGUCAUGUUGUGUAUGAAUUUGAGUGAAUAAAUGUGUUGACUUGA